AUGCACAAUCUUCUUGACGGUCGAAGCAAGAUGUCCCCGGUCACGCUAGAUGAGCAGGAAACGCUGCUUGAGAACAUCUGGGCGGCCUUCGAGCGUGGGCUAACGAAGACUGUUGAUGAAAUUGAUGACGGCUUGUUGUUUUUCUACGGAGGAGUACUGCUACUUAUAGUUGUUGCCAAGCACAAUAGGGCUGAGAUGCUGAACCCAACAACUGUCCUGCCCACAAUAAAAUCGCGAAACAUUUUGUCCUCUUCACUUCUCUGGAGAAACCUAUGUUACGCGCAUGCAAGGGAACAACACAACGAAUGA